AUGCGUUUUCACAAUUUUAAAUUCCUUGGGGUUGCCAACUUCCGCUCAAAACCUGUUCCUCAUCCCUACACGACGCCCCGUGCUCCAGUGCUAGCAACCAUCAGUUCCAUGAGUUCACGGAUAGACGCAGCCGACGACGACGACAUAGUCACCCCGGCUGACACUACAGACCAACAGCACCGUCCGAUCCCUGCUCUGCUCCGUCUUCCCAAUGAACUACUCUUCGCAGCCACUAAUUUUCUCGAGCCAGAGUCCCAGCUCCUCCUCAGUCUCUCGUGCCAACAGCUCCAUGGUCUCCUCAACGCCAACUUUGACUUGACGCUCGACGACAAAGCCGAAAAGAUACGGUUCCUGCAGCUUCUGGAGCGCGACCACCCGGAGUACCUGACAUGCCGAUCCUGCGCGAAGCUAUUCCUCUGGCGUGGGAGGAAACCCUUCAACUAUGCCUGCCCACAUUCAGACCGCCACUCAGACGAGGAUACACGUCUAUCACCACCCCAGACCAUCAGAGCAGGAGACAAUCGCGCCAUAGCCAUCACGCGCGAGGUGGUCGACUUGGCCUUGCGAGACGACGGCUUACCGAUCACGUUCUUCAAGACGAGCGGGGUUAGUCGGUCCGGUGUUUUCCAAAAGACCGCGGCGCGACUGGUAGACGGUCAACUUUUGGUGGCCACUCGACUGGAGGUAGAAAUGUUCUCCCCAAGAGAGAUUGUAGGCGCAAGGAUCUUGUUGGGCAGAAACUCGUGCUACCAUCGAGGUGCCGCUCGUCAAGUGGUGAACAUGUUUGAAUAUGCCGUCGCCUCCGAGCUGCCACUCCCGGUCAUGUUCACGUGUGAACUCUGCGAGACGGACCAUCAUUUAGGUCUGACCAAGGGGGAAAGGAGCAUGAAUGUCGUCCUUCAGGUCUUGAGAAACUACGGUCGCAGACAGGAGACGAGACCAAUGGUUGACCAGAUCUUUCAGCGAGAUCCAGCGUCCAAGCGUCCUGCCCAUGAAAAAUGGGAGAAGGUCACCUGGGCACUCUGGGACGCACUUGGUCCGACAUGGCGUGACGACUUUGUGUUGUGGCUUGAUGAUGGUCCAGUGACAGGCCCGUGA